AUGUCGCAAUCUAACCUUGCACCAUAUGACAACAAUGUUACAGAUCCUCUGCAUUCCUUGUCCCCUGAACUCUCUCAGCGGCUUAAGGAUCUCCUGGAUCGAGCCUUGCUCGGGUUCAUACGUCCAAAUUCCAUGUCUCAGUUUGCUCAACAUGCUCCUGAGUUGGCAAACUUCCGCGAGGCCAUGGCACAAGGAAAUCCGGAUGAUGAUGUAGAAUUUCUGCGUCGCUUCCGAGAAUUCAUUCCAACCACAGACUACGAACCUUACAGGUCGUACAUAGCAAAGUUUUUUGCGACCCCUUGCAAGAAGUCUGACGUAGAGAACUUGCUCGCCCCAGGAUUACCCUACUGCUUAGUCGUUUCCAGCGCGACAUCUGGAAAAGCAUCCAAGGCAUUCCCGGUAUACCGACCUGCACCGCACCUUUUGCGUCCUCCUCCACACUUGUCGCUUCGCCACUCAGAGGGUAAUACCUUUUCACUGUCUUCUUUGAGUGUCGGGCAAGCCCUGAAGAUGGAUCUUGAGGACGGUCAGACCUCUAAGAUAUUACCGGUCUGCCCUAUAACUGCCGGGUUUCUGCGAAUGGAGAUGGACUGGGAUGUCGAGCAUGAUAUGGACAGACUCGACUUAUGGGUUCCGGGGAAAGCGGAUCCUUACGCGAUUUCCUUGGUGAAGGAUUAUCGUUCUUUCUUCAUUUUGAAUGCGCUAUUUGCACUAUCAGUCCGUCGGGUGACAACCAUCCGCUUUGUCUAUGCCAGUGUGUUCGUCAAUCUUUUGCAAUACAUAGAGGAUGAGUGGACUUUACUCAUCGACUGCAUCGCGAAAGGUAACAUCCCAGAGAUGGACAAAAUAGACCACGUGCGAGAACCUUUGGAGAAACAUUUUACUCCAAACCCUAUUCGUGCUGCUGAACUUCGCGAAAUUGGCCCCCCUGUAAUCCAGGGCUGGGCGGUCCGUGUGUGGCCUGACUUGAAAAAUUUUAUUGGGAUCACUGGAGGCCCCGCUGCUGCAUCCGUUCCAAAGGUCACCCACAUCCUCGGGCCUUCUGUUACAAUGCAGGCUUUUUCUUACGGUAGCUCAGAAUGUUAUCAUAUCGCCUUCCCGUAUUUCAACGGCAACCCUAAUACCGACUUCAAGAUAACACCCAUACAUGGAGUCACCGAGUAUCUCGACGUGCGUUGCAAAGAGCCUUCAGAGCGUGUAUUGUCCGCUUGGGAGCUUGAGACAGGAGGGCAUUACGAGGUCGUCUUGACGACCCGCAAUGGCUUGUGGAGAUACCGCCUUGGCGAUGUCGUUGCUAUUAAAGGCUUUGCGCCGGACGAUGGAUUGCCUGUCAUCAACUACCUUCAUAGGCGAGAUGCCUCACUUGGACUAGCGUGUGGAUCAACAUGUACGGAGUCGCAACUGACGAACGCGAUCGUAUCUGCCUCUGAACGAUGGAUCGGCCAAAUCAUAGGUUUCACCGUUGUGGCAGACGACCGAGACACACCAGUUACCUAUGGGUACUUGGUAGAGAUUGAAGGGGAAAUAGGAAAGGACGCCAAAAUGGCGACACAGUACAUUUUUGAAGAACUGAUGGCAAACAACGACUAUCACAUGGCUUUUUGGCAAGGGAGAGGAAGGAAGCCAACCAUUCGUCUCGUGGAGAAAGGCACGUUCACAGAGUAUCGCAGUCAGAAAUGCAACAAGACAAACGUCUCGAUGAGCCAGGUGAAGGUUCCAACCGUCUUGUCCGAUCCAUCAUUUAGGGAAUGGAUCCUGCAGAAAGUUAUCAUGGAGUUGUAA